GCCUUUCCGUAGUGUUUUCAUCCAUUACAGUCAAUAUGGCGUCCAGUCGUUAGGCAGUUAGCUGAACACAGGAACAUUUUAAAGAAUUUUGUCAUUUGAAGUACACACUGACGGUAUUUACUGGCUUCCCUGUGGAUGGAUACGUCUUGAAAAAAAUGUUAAGUUGUUAUUUAAGUCGGUGGACGGUGUGUGUUUGUUUGGAGGGAUGAGUCUUUCUUACGCAGACGUUGGCCUGUCGCUUUGCUAACGCGGUUAGCUAACAGCUCCGGGGGCAGCUGGUGAGUUUGCGGGAGCAUCUCUGAGCCAUGACGGAGGUGGAGGAGCUGCGGCCCGUUCCCCGGGAGCGGGCCAUCCUGGAGAGCUUCUUCACGCAGCUCGGUAUGUUUUCUUUCGACCGAGCCAAGGACUACGUGGAGAAGGAAAAGGACAACAGCAAGAGCGCCGGCGCCAUCUGGGCCGCCCUGCUGGCCGCACUGGCUCACCUGGCCGCCGCGGAGAAGGCGUACCACAACAUGACGUUCCUGGGACAGAAAAUGGGAGGCCAGUCCUUCUUCAGCCGCAAAGAUUCCAUCCGAACCAUCUACACCUCCCUGUACAACGAGCUCAGGAAGGUGGUGACGAUGGGGCGCCACAGUCAGCCGGGCUCCGCCUCCUACCUGGAGGACCUCCUGUCGCACCUGUCAGAGCAGCUCUGCCACUUCACCCAGGCCCGCAUGGAAAUGGCCGACCUGUAUGAGAAAAUGCACUCACUGGGCAGCCAGAAGAACAUCAACUCAGAGGAGCUGGUCACAACGCUGGAGGCCGUCCUGCAUAAAUACAGCACCAAGUUCCACCACCCCAUCCUGGGCCGUGUGGAGGAGGGCUUCCAGACGGAGGUAGACGUGGUGACCCAGUUACUGCGCUGCCAGGCCCAGGUUUCAGAGUGGAGUUUCCUGCCAGCUCUGCUCAGCCUGCACGGCGCCAAUUCCAAGCUCACCGCCUGGGGUCAGCUGUUCCAGCGGCAGAAAGAGACGCGCAAGCAUCUGUUUGGAGGUCAGUCCCAGAAGGCAGUGCAGCCUCCGCACCUGUACAUGUGGCUGCAGCGCUUCCAGGCGAUGCUCCUCGCCAAGUUCAGCUUCUACUUCCAUGAAGCCCUGAGCCGGCAGACGGCCCCGGCCGACAUGAGAGCUCUGACCGCGCGCACCACGCCGGACUACCACGGCAAGAUCUGCUCCUUCAUCCGCAAGCACGACGUCAGCAACGUGUCUCUGGUGUUCGACAACCGCGGCUCAGAAAGCUUCCAGGGCCACGGCUACCACCACCCACACUCGUACCGGGAGGCACCGAAGGGCGUGGAGCAGUUCCCCGCCGUGGUGUCCCUGCCGUCGGGAGAGCGGCCGCUCACGCACUGGCCGAACGUCAUCAUGAUGAUGGGGGACCGCGCUGCUGAGCUCAACACCCUGGAUAAGGUGGUGCAUUUCUAUGACGAUAAAGUCCAGAGCACCUACUACCUCACGCGGCCCGAGCCGCACUUCACUCUGGUGGUUAUCUUUGAUGGCAGGAAGUCGGAGAAGGAUCUGCACAUCGCCGCCUUCCUGCAGGAGAUCUCCGGCUCACUGCGAAACUCCAAACCCUUCAGCACCCUCAAACCUGGAUCAAAGGGCUGAGCUGCAAGGUGGCAGCAUACAAAGCUGGUGCUCUGACAGGCAAAAGAUGGAGAUGAUGAUGAACUUCAAGUUAUUUCUUACAGGGAGGCUUAAAUUUCACAUCUUCUUUUCUGUGGUCCAAACAGCAGUCGUUUAUGUUGCCAAAAAUGUUACAGACCAAAGAGACUCGGCAAUUUGACUCUCUGACUCUCAGGCCAUGACAGGAGGACGGCAGUGUGCUGCCACAGCUUUGUUAGUGUAAGAUUUAAAAUAUGGAUUUUAAUUAUUUCCCCUCAAUUAAUGUUUUAAUAUGUUGUUUUUAUUUUUAUUAGCCAGUAUUUACUGUGCUCAAGACAUUUUGAAUAAAGUAUUGAGAUGAUCCUGCUUCAUUUGCUUCAGAAUAAAUGUCUCCAUUAAUGAAAGAUUAA